GGCAGCGGCACCGGCAGCGGCCGUGCUGCUGCCACCGGGGUGUCUGUGUGCGGCCAGGGCGGGGCAGCCGGCGGGGUGGGGGUGGCUGUCACUCCGGGGUGUGCCCUCGCUGCCCCGCUCCGUCCGACCUCUGGGCAGGCACAGCUUCUGCUGGUUCCGCUGUCGGAGAGCGCCCGGCUGGUCCUGCAGCGCAGCCCGCUGGCCGCGGCGUGUGCGUGACAGGGCAUAACCUCCUCUCUUGUAAAAGGUAUGGGACAUGAAAGUGGCCAUGGCCAUGGCCAUGACAAAGUGCAGCUCCCUGACUACAGGCAGUGGAAGGUGGAGGGAACUCCCCUGGAGGAGGUGCAGAGAAGGCUGGCUAGACGGGGUCUGAGGGAUCCGUGGGCUCGUAAUGAAGUGUGGAGAUACCAUGGUGGCUUUGCAAGACCUAUCAGCAUAACAGAGAUCUUUACCAGGGGAUUCAAGUGGGGAGCUGUAGCUUUCAUCAUAGCUCUGGGCAUUGAAUAUACAGUGUUUCCUCCAAAGAAGAAUGGAGGCCACCACUGAAGAUCAAAUAUGACACCUUAAUACUUACUAAGCAUAAGCUGAAGCUUACAUAAGCCUGCUGCUCACUCUGUACUUAUACAUAUUAAAGUCUAUCACAGGCAAACCUGUGUUUCUUUGAUUUU